GACUAUGAAGUGGGAGGGAUUGCAAUACUGAGGACGGGUGGUUAUACUGGAGGAGGGAAUGAUGCUCCGAGAGAGUGGAGUGGAAACAGGCACCAAUCAUAAAAAUACCCCGUUUCGUUUGGAAAUAAUGGAAAAUAGAAAACUUUUGUAAAGCCAGCACUUCAUCUUCGACUGAACAUGGAGUACGUCGACUUAUGUGUCCAUUUAAUUAGUUAGCUAAUCGCCUUUGAAGCACCGCAAAGCAAUUGCGGAUUUCUUUGAAAUACCACAGUGUGGGCUGUUCUCCUUUGGUCAUCUCGGCAAAGCAUGAGUUUCCCUAAAUGGAGGGUCUGAUGUUCGCUGCUGGUUUAACGGCGCUCUGCCCCGUCACCGUACACAAAAGUGGAUGGGGCAUGCUGUGUCUGAGAUUGAUAAUAUUGGUCUCCAUGACGACCGCAGACCCACCUGCUGAAGACUGGCCUUUGCUGGCUUCCAACAUGUCACAGCAGUCUCUGGGGAAAGUGCCACAUUACACAGAUUCACCCUCUGCCUUACAUACUUCUUCCUCUAAACCCUCGGGACACUCAAGGCCUAUCACUGACCCACCCAAAGACUCGGAGAAUUACUAUAGUCGUACUGUGUUUGGAUUAGCAAUCCGUGACCCAGAGCCACUCUCUGUCCUAGCAUCCACUUCCUCAGAGUGGGCUAAAGGAAAGGGAAUGGGCUUUGAAGUUUCCCCAAGGCUGACACGGAAUGUGAAGGCUCAUCGUGUGUCCUCUGACCACGGAACUGGUUCAUCAGGCAUCCAGCGCUCAUUAACUUCACCCAAAUUUUCAAUGCCAGCUUUAAACAUCUCUUCUCGAUUACUUUCAGCUGGAUUGGACUCUCCUGAAGAAUCACCUUUUCCUUCCCCUGAAUUACACACUGCCUCUGGAGACCGAGUAGAACCUUCUAGAAGAAUCAGAGACUUUGAUCAUAUACAUCCUAGUCAUGACUUAAAUAUUCAAAAUGAUGCCAAUUCAGAUGUUCACCUAUUAAAUCCUAGUCAUGCUCUGUUUGGAAACCAUCAUGUGACAUAUUCUACAGAGCCAACUAUGGGCCCACCAGUGAACAUCUUCCUAACCAGUACUAUGGAUGUGGAUUACGGUUCUGGAGAUUACUUAGAAACUCUGUCCUUCGUGGGUUCUAACUCUGUGGUCACCAGUCUUCCCUCUGACAUGUAUGACUUUGAGGACUCAAACUCUGUGUCCUAUGACACAUCUUUUCCCACAAGAGUGGUGAAGCCAUUGUAUUCCAGACACCUGUCUCCUAGUCCCACUAGAGCUAUGUCCAGCACACAUGCCACCACUUUUCCUAACCUGACCUUUGCUCUUAACCACAAUACAUCCACUACCCCUAAUGUAAACGAAACUGCACACAAUAGACAAAUUGCCCUUUCCUCAAGUGUAACAACCUCUAAUCUUGCUGCCUUGCCAAGGCCCCCUACCAGUAUUCUCAACAUUACAACCCAUCUACCCAUGUACACUACCAUCUACUCAGGCAUCCCAGUCAUUCAGCCAACAGCAAUGCAUUCCUCACCCAUUCUACCCACUGUUUCUGCCUCUUUAAAUCAGAGCAGCUCAGCUAAAGAAAGUUCUGAUACUGACUGGCCUGACAACAUUACCAUUGAGCCCACUGAUGUUCUUCUGCCUGAUAUGAACAGCCUGGAGUACUAUACCAUCCAACUCUCAAAGGGCACUGAAAAUCUGCCAGAGCAGAAGAGUAAUCACACAAGUUCCAAGUACUUAUCUCUCGUUCCUGUAAGCACUGCUCAUAUUACCAGCAAGGCUACCAGCACAGACAGUGUUGAUCUGAGUCACAUGCUAACAGAGAUAUACGGAGUGCCACUGACUGUAGACAACAACUCCUGGACUGAAGAAUCUUCUACAGACAUCUCUGUUUUUGAUCCAUUUAACAGUACUGUCCUGGAUCUGUCAGAAGGGGGACUUCAUCUAAUAAACACCACGGAGCCAUUUCUUGAUCCAUCGGUCACAUUAACUCCCUCUGUUGAUUUUUCUACUUCACUGUGGGAUCUGGCCUCAACACCUGAUUGGAUUAGCACUGAAUCUGUACCAAAUAGCACCUCUACGUCACUAUUGGUCCCAUUCACUGUUGCAGAGGAACCUGGUGACGCACCAUCAAAUGACACAGACAUCUACUGGUUUGCAAACUCCAGCUGGACAGCAACACCUUUUCCUACACCAGCACUGACCAGUCAUGUAUUAACACACACUCUCAGUGCCUCUACAUCCCCCACUGGAUCCACUUACAACGAUACCUUUAUCCAUCCUAUGACAGAGAGGGCUGACCGAGCCACCACAGGAGCACCAUCAGAGAGGCCUGUUAUAACUGUAGAAACUCCAUCUACUUCAGUAAUACAUGAUGAGGCCACUGUGGAAUCUCCAUCAGCUGUCACAAACCCCGUGACUGAGACUUCAGACAGCGCUACCCUGCCCACAACAGUUGAAGCUCAGUCAGUGACAACCCUUAAGUCCACCCCCGAGACUACUACUGUGCGGGAGUACCUUUGCAACAUCACUGAGCCUGACACCUACUUAGUGCGAGUCGGUUUCCUAUCCGGGUCCACAGCUAGCUAUGCUAAAGCCAAGGUCAGAGAGAUCCUCAAAGCUGAGUUCAAUCGAUCAGUCGAACUACAGGUAGUGAAAGCCCCUCCAGACUUUGUGUUUCGGGCUGUAUCUGGUCCUGUUGUCUACACUGCUGCAUCAGUCAUCAACACGCUACGCAAGGCUACACGUUCCUCUCGCUCCAUACUCAGUGUGUCCCCCCUCAGAGAUGUGGUGGGCCUACAGUACCAUGUCCACUCUGUGCUUCAGUUUGUCCCCAGUGACGUCAACAUACACAUGUGCAUGUUCAGUCAGCACAUUGAGAAAGGCCUCACCAUGGCCUUUGCUGAGGUUCGCCGCCGCUCACAAGGGGCCAUGAACUUCACCGUGCAAGUGUUGAAUAUCACUCUAAGUCCUGUGACCAAGACACAAAGACAGUUGACUGGGCCAAUAGACAUCACCUUUCUGGUUUGUGAGGCUCAUGGGUACAUACUGGGGUCAGAGGUCAGCACCCUCCUGAGACAACUUAGCGUGGUGGAGUUCAGCUACUACAUUGGCUACCCUGUUCAGCAGAUAGCAGAGCCAUUCCACUACCCUGAGCUGAACACCACCCAGCUGCUGCGAUCCUCCUGGGUGAGAACAGUGUUACUGGGCGUGGCUGAGCAACAUGUGAGUGACAGGAUUUUCCAGGCCAGUAUGGAGAGGAGACUAGCAGUACUGCUGGGGGAGGUGCUAAGGGAGGAGAUGGGGGAGGAGCUUGGCAGAGUGCGGCGCUUCCGACGAGCCACCAGCGUUGGCAACAGCAGCGUGCAGAUGGUGCAGACUACUCGGGCGGCAGGGACCGAUAAACCCCUGGAAAUGAUCUACUUUGUGGAAGGUUCCAGUGGCGAGAGGAUGCCAGCGAUCACCACUGCUGGCCUACUCAACCGGCUGAACGUGCAGCACGCGGCCAUAGUGCUGGGUUACCGCAUCCAGGGCGUUCUCGCUCAGCCUGUAGAGAAGGAGAUGUCAUCAGCCUCGGAGAUGGAGAGCACCACCACAUGGAUUAUAGUGGGUGUGGUGGUGCCUGUGGUGCUGGUGGUGAUCAUCAUAACUGUGCUGUACUGGAAACUGUGCCGCACAGAUAAGCUGGAGUUCCAGCCAGACGCUGUGAACGCCGCCCAGCAAAGGCAGAAACUGCAGCCCGCCAGCGUGAAGGGCUUCGACUUUGCUAAGCUGCACCUGGGCCAGCACAGCAAGGAUGACCUGGUGGUGAUACAGGAACCGCUGCCCCUGCCUUCAGCCUCCAAGGAGCCAGGGAGCGGUGAGACCGUUGAGGCGUCCACGCCCAAGUCCAAAAGCUCCUCCACCAAGGCUUCUCGCAGCGUCCAGCGCAAGAGGGGACGGAUUUCACCUUCGGAUGGUGAUUCGAUGGGCAGUGAGCCAUCCAGUGAACGGGAGACACCUGAGGAGAACCUGCGGCAGAACGGAGCAAGCGUGGAGUCCAAGCAACAGCGCAGGACAGCUGUCAAUGGACUGGACGGUCCUCCUACACUCAUAGGUGCAGAUGAGCAGGUGUCUUCAGCCUCCAUGUUUGAGCAUGUGGACCGGAUCUCCCGCUCGGCGGACGUGCCCAGCAAACGCUUCUCCGGCAACAUCCAGCUGAUCGCCCUGCAGCCCAUGUCUGCGCUGGCUGUCCCACGGCCCCCAGGCCCCGACCACACGGUCCAGAGUGGCAAGAUCAACAAGGAGAUCCAGGUUGCUCUGAGGCAGAAGUCUGAGAUCGAGCACCAUCGCAAUAAGAUCCGUCUGAGGGCUAAGAGGAAAGGCCACUAUGACUUCCCUGCCAUGGAUGAUGUCAUUGAUGGCCUGGGGGACCCUAAAGAGCAGGACCACAUCUAUCAGAAGGCUCAGAUGCAGAUUGAUAAGAUCUUGGACCCAGAUGUGCACAUUUCCCCCCUCUACACUGAGCCCAAGAAAAGUGGCAGAGAGAAGCGUUCUCCUAGGCAGAAGAAGAAGCAAUAUAUGAAUGGAGAGGUCCCAGAGGCUGACAGAGACAGGCUCAUCACCACUGACAGUGAUGGCACAUAUAAGAAAUACCCAGGAGUCAAUAAUAUAGCAUAUGUGUCGGAUCCAGACCAGGGCCCUGAGCCCAACAGCCCAUCACCUACUGAUGAUGUGUUUCUGGGCCCAGUGUCCCCCCCACCAGGCCAUGCCCCCCCUCCUCCACCCUACCUCCUGCCCCCGCAGCCGUCUAUAGAGGAGGCCCGCCAGCAGAUGCAUUCCUUGCUGGACGACGCCUUUGCCCUGGUGUCGCCCACUGCACAGGGUGGUAACGCAGGCUUGUCCCUGCCAGCUGCUCCCUCCAGCCCCCCGUCCCGCGGCCCCCCACCCUGGGGCCCCUCAUACCUAGCCGUUAGCCCCUUCCCUGCGAGAUAUGCUGAGUUAGGUCUACCACCUUCUACAGUCCAAGCCUUACUGCACAGGCCAGGAUUGGGGUCCCGCUGCCCCCCUGGAGAUGCUUUAGGUGGAGAGCAGCUGCCAUCUGAGGUGCUCUACAACAGCAGAGGAGCUUACAUGGACGAACUGCCCUCUUCUGCCAGGCCACGGCCAGUAGGUGGCUCCACAGGUGCUCAGCUACACCACUUAUCCCAGGUGGGUAUGUCGAGCAGCAUGGGUGAAGGCAGGUCACUUGGUGGUUUAAACUGGGGACCUCAUCAUGAAGAGGACUUCAGUAAACCUGCUAUAAGAGACCCUACCUCCAGGAAUGGAGUAAGGGAGCCAACCGCUCCUCCUGCACACCUGGACACUGUUGCCCUGGGAUACUCUAGCUCCGGCCCUCCUGAAGAGUACUCUUCCCCCAGCCACUCGUCCGCCUCACUCAUCAAAGCCAUUCGGGAGGAGCUCAUGCGCCUUUCUCAGAAACAAGCGGCCGUCACCGCCUACCACAGCUGAGCCUUACCCCCAGUCCCUACAGGCUCCGCCCAAAGCUGUACAUCAUGGCAACUGCACUCUGCUUCCCAUGGAAGUGGCUCUGUGAGCAGGGAGGAGCCUGCUACCUUGUUGCCGAAGCACUGUGCUAGGACAGGGCAUUCUAACAUUUUCAUGGGAGUGGCUACAUCACUGAUAGCUAAAGCUUUACCUGCAACUGAACCUCGUGUCCGAUUCUCACCAAACACCCUGUCACUGACUCCUACUUCAUCACUGACUCAAUACUGCUCCAUCCCUGACUCACUACUUCCUCUCUUGGUCUCUGCUCAGCACAGACAGACAAAGCAAAGAAGCUCUUUAUGUAAACACAAUAUUGGGAUGGAGGAGGAACUCUUUGAUUCAGUACUGGACUUGUACCUUUUCAGCCUCUUAAUAGUUUCUGCAUUGAAAAUGUUUACUUUGCUUAGUGGGAUGUCAUGGCAACCCAGAAUCUUCGAUAGCAUGCUAUCAUACUCCUUUUGGCCUAUAAUCAAGUGAGACUGCAGCUAUGACAACCACUACACAUUCCUUAUUACUUCUGCUGUGCAAGGUGUCUCUCCAAGGAGCAGUAUUGUUUGUUUGUUUGUUUUUCACCUGACUAAUAUUUCCCCAAGCCCUUGUGCUGGUGGGCUUUCAGCACUGAAAAGCAGUGUUCUUGAUACCUUAAAGAAAUGCUUCGGACUGUGCACUAUUUUCCUAGAUUUUGAGUUUGUCAUGUCCCUGUUAACUCCCUUUUCUAGACCCUUCUGUGGUGCUUUUCCUGUUCAGUGUUCUGGUCAUGAAACAUAUGUCACAACAUAAGUAUGGAUCUCAAAUACAGUAGCCUUUAAGGUGUGUUGUUUUUUUACUCAGUACACGUCACACUGUUUUUGUUACAUAUUGCACAGCUCGUUACUUAAGGUCUUGGUUCUGAGUGCCUGGUUCUGAGGUCAAUGGUACUCAAGUAAAUGCAGAAAGGCGCGGUCUCUAGCCUGCUCUUCAGCAUUCCCUCGGCUCAGUUGUUCUGAUGCAUUCCUGAUGAAGCAUUUCUCAGUUUGUUAACUUUAUCCCUUUAAGACUAUGCUGAAAAAUGCUGAAUCAUUCCCACAUUAUUUUCUCCCAGAACAUGCACUGCAUUGUCUGUAAAUGAUUAGUAUUUAAUGGAGACAUUUCAUAAAAUAAAAGGCCUAAAAGUAUUUUUCCAAAUUAAUAGUAACAGUUAAUCAAUAGUACUAAUUAAGUAAUAGUACUAAUUAACAUUUUGAAUUCAAAAUAGAACACAAAGUAAUUUGGUUCAAUGAUCAAAGUAUUACUUCACCGAACUUCUAAUUGGUAUGUUGCUAGAUCAUUUUCCAAAUAUUCUGGAGGCUGAUGCAAUACAGUGCUUAAAGCGCUGAUGUGAUUUCACCGAAUUAAAUUUACAAUGUAUCAAUUUACAGUAUAACUACAGUAUAACUGGAUUGAGUGUACAAUCCACCGGUCACUGUGUAUAAUGCUUGUGUGUAUGUUUUCUGAGUUCAAUAUUCAGUUGGUCUUUCCAGCCACAUGGAACUCAGACACUCGCUCAAUCUAUGGUACUCACCCUCACCCUUCUGUACAUGUUUUAACAUUAUUUAUGCUCAAAAUUGUGUUCUUACUUUUCCCAAACAUGUCGUGUUGAUUGUUUAGAUUGCUCAGUUAAAAAAGAAAAUGAUAGAAAAGAAUUGUUCCUCUGAACAUAACUGAACUGUUUCAGAGUUUUUCAGUUUCUGUUGUUUGAGUUUUCGUUGAGUUGAAUGGUGUGAUGGAACUGCCUUUUCCUGUAGUUAAGAUUUAACAAUUCUUUAUUUAAAUGACAAUUAAAAUAAUAAAAAACAAUCAUCUGGA